GUCCAAUACGAUUCGGUUGCCUUUGCCUUGUUCGAGCUUCUCUUCUGUCCAUAGUAGCCAAGGCAAGCAGUUCGGUGUUCGAAGUGUUCCUCCAUAGGAAAAAAGUGAUCAUAAAUUAGUGCUAUUUGAACGGUGAAAUUCUCCGGGAAAUUAUUCCGAUCUCGCUUUCAUUGUUUUAAUACUAAAUAAACACAAACCAAAUUCAAAAUGGCAGAAAAACCAAAGCGUCCUCUAUCCGCCUACAUGCUGUGGCUGAACUCUGCCCGCGAACAGAUCAAGAAGGAGAACCCUGGAAUCAAGGUCACCGAAAUCGCCAAGCGAGGUGGUGAGCUAUGGAGAGCCAUGAAGGAUAAGAGCGAAUGGGAAAACAAGGCCGCCAAAAUGAAGGACGAGUACAACAAAGCCGUCCAGGAAUUCGAGCGAAAUGGUGGCGGCAAGGAUUCCGGCAAGAAGAAGAGCAAGGGUGCCAAGAAGGUCGCAAAGAAGAGCAAAAAGAAGGACUCAGAGGAUGACGAUGAUGAGUCCGGAGAAGAAAGCGACUGAACUACUAAUUAGAGCAAACACACACCCCCACAACACAAAAAAAAAAACAGUAAACAAAAAUACAAAAAAAAAUUAUUUUUAAUUUAUUGUAUAAAUGUUCGGGGCCUUACUUCUCAGCAGUAUAAAAACAAAACCGGUCAGUGACAGAUUUUAGAACAGAGCGGAAUUCAAAACCAAACAAAAUACAUAAGAGGCAAGCGGGAAAAACGGAAAAUGAUUUGGACCUGAGCUCGCGGAAACAGCUAAAUUAAAACCUGUAAAAAAAAACAAAGGUAGAUGACGCGCUGUGUGAAGUGAAAAGUUUGAUAUUUUUUCGUCCGACUACAAACUCUGAAAGUAAACUGACGCAUACACAAACAAAAUUACAAAACCGACGAUUUUCUCUCAAGAAUCGGAUCAAUUUCAUUUUACUAUUUCACAAACACACAACAUAUGUGCAUCCAACUUAUUUUGUUUAAGGAAGGCCAUGUAAUAUUAAAUGCAAGUGUAUCGUAACUAAAAACAGAAAACCCGAAAAAAAAUCUACAAAACAGCAUACCUAAUUUUAAGUUAAUUAAAAUAUGUAUGAUAAAAACGACAAAAAAA